AUGCCAACCACAAAGAUAGAUGUGGGCCCUAAGCUGGACAUCUUUCUGGCCACUUCGCCGCCGCAUCGCUACGUGGCUACGGAUACAAUAUUCGGCGAGGUCCAGAGAAUUCAGCAUCUCGUCUCUGCAGAUGCUAAAGUUACGAUAAAGCUACGCGGCAGAGCCAAGACGAAGAUCACAAGCAAGGUCAACGUCUCUUACGUCAAUGUCAAUGUCUGGAACUGCGAUCGCGACGACAUUAUUGAGAUCGAACAGACCAUCUACAGCGGCCCUGUGCAUAUCCCCGAGGAUAGCCAGGAGGCGCAAGGUUGGCCAUUCAGCAUCGACAUACCGCAAGUCUACACGUCAGCGGCUGGGUUGACGGCACUGCUCCCCAAUAGCUUUAACGUAUUCCACAAGGAUGAUGAGGGCAAGGUCGAGGCCUUCAUAGAAUAUGCCCUCUUCGCAGAGCUCACGGCGACUGUGAGCGGCUCCCUGAAGAAGUUUGAGGCGACUCUGCCGAUUCACAUCCGCCAGCUGACGCCCAUUCUCACAACGUUGGAUACCUCGGAUCUUCUCGACAAAGCACAUGUUGUCAAGUCGCGACAACUCAUGCCGGGUUCGGGAGAUGCUGAACGCUCCAGCUCCAAAAAGCUGAAGAGUCUGUUCAAAUCGUCGCCGACACCUGCGUUUGCCUUCGAUAUCCAGGUUACUUUGCCUGAUAUCAUUCAACUUGAGGGCCCCAAUCCUCUCCCCUUGAAAGUACGAGUCAUCCCUGACUGGUCCAAAACUUCGCAGGAAAUCGUCAAUGUGCCGCAAAAGAUAACUCUCACGUGGGUCAGCGCAAACAUUGUCUCCCUUACGGUUGCAACUCACAAUAGGAUGAUAAAACACGUCGAACAGCGAUCGAACUUUAAGAUAUGGGAGAUGGUGAGGGCACUAGGAAAAACAAAUAUUGAGAUUCCCUGGUCCAAAGAGCCCGAGGAUAUUGACGUUGGGGAGCUGGUUAAUCUUCGAUUUGGAGCGGAUAGGGUAGUCCCCUCCGUAAAGAGGCCAAACGGACUUCCAAUGACUGUUCCUUGCGAGUUCCCCCUGUUCCCUGAUCACGAGACUAACAAUAUCAAGCAUGCGAAUUUUUUGGAAUGGGAGAUCAUUGGUAGGAUUGGGGGCGAGAAGUUCACUACCAAGGGGGUGAGGCCCGUUUCCGUGGUGUGCUUGGGAGAGAAAGACGCAUAUCAGCCUCGACCAAUUACUAGGGAAAGAAGGCAUUAG